AUGGCCUCAAUUGGCACUGUAAUUCGUAAACUCAGCACCAGGCCUGUGACCUCAAACGCUCGUCCUACAGUUAAAGCUAUCAAAGAUCCUACCUUUGAAAAACCUUUAGGUUUAAAAACGACCAUUCUCCCUACGAAAUCCAAGCACCGUCCAUCCAAUUCUUAUUCAGGCCAAAGCAAAAUUCCUCAGUUUUUCAAAGAAAGCCCGCUAAAUAAGCCAAUCAAGCCUCUUUCGGAGCACACAGGGCUUGCUACUGCAAAAAUCGCGACUCCGAAAAGCUCAAAUCGACAUACCAUAAAAUCAGCUCGCCAUAGGCGAGCUACAUCUCUUGCUGACAAGCCAGUUUCCCAAAACACCUGAAGAAAGCCUGAAUCUGACGCAGCUCACCAUCGAAAAUUUUCGCUUGGAAGCACCAUAAAACAAAACCUCGCCAUCAUCUCUUCUUUUUCUCAUGAAACUCAAAAAGGGUUUAUUCCAGGAAAUCCUGGAAAAGUCAACCAAGACAAUUUUUUUGAGCAUCCUUGUGUAGCAGGUUACAAUGAUUUGCAUUUAUUUGGUGUCUGUGAUGGACAUGGGAUGGAUAAUUAAAUAUGGAAACUCGGCUUGGGUAUGAGCCGGCUAUUCAGCCUUGGCACAUAUUUAAUUAUAUUCGGUAGUUUUUUGGCAGCGCAGGGAUGAUUCCAGGAAUGAUUGAAACCUAGCUCAAGUCCGCUUUCAGAGUAAGAUUUUGCUUGAAGGAAAGGGAGAGAUUGAGGUUGAAAAGGAAGUCCAGCAAGUUUGAGGCAAAUGGGUAAGUCCUUACUCCCCCCCCCCCCUCCGUGAGCGAACAAAACCAUUAGAAAAAUCGCCAUUUUUUGACCAAAAACCCACCCUCCGUGAGUGAACAAAAAAUUUUUUUAAUAGAAAAAAUUUUAAUGGAAAAAAUUUUGAUAUAUAAGUGAUAAUUAGUAUAAUGAAAUCUAGAGCUAAUUCUGUUUAAUUUUAAACAAAUUGCGUUUUAAAACAUAAAUUUUGCAAAUUAAAUUAAUAUUUGCUUCCCAAUUUUUGCAAAUUAGGAUUUUUUUAAAUUUCGAAAAAAAAUAUUUUUUAUAAAAUUUUAUAUAUAAUUUUUUUAAAAAAAAAAAUUAACCCCCCUCCGUGAGCGAACAAAAUUUUUUUGUUCGCUCACGGAGGGGGGGGGGGGGAGUUAGCGUGAAACCAGGAAAUACACCCUAGGUUUCAAAAAUUUCCCUUUUGCUGAGAGUUGGCCACAAAUUCCAUUUUGUGGGAUUUUUGUGCAGACAACCUUCGUGCAACUCAAGCAGCAGCGACAGAAGUCCAUAGUCUCCUAUUCAUUACUGUAGUCGUAGGCAAGGAGGAGGUGUAGGAGGAAGAGCGAAGACUCCGGAAUCCCAUGCGCCAGGGGCCGAAGGAUGAGCAAAAUGGUGUCGAUCCUUUGAGUCAUCUCAACCGAACCCAGCUUGAUCGUAAGCGGAUGAACCCUUAUGGGUCCUUGGUGACUGAGUUACCAAUAGGCAGGACCAACCUAAAAUUAAGAUUAAGAAAGGCAUGGGAUGUUUGGAGGAGAGGUUUCUGGGUAUGUAAAAAAAAGGCUGCCCGAAAUGUUGGCAAAGCACCCUGAAAUUUACAGUGAUCCUAAAAAAGUGAUAGAAAAAUCUGUGAUAGAAGUAAAUGAAGAAUUAAAAAGAAUUAAUAUUGACGUUAGUUUUAGUGGAACAACUCUGAUUUUUGUAUUGAUUAAAGGGAGCGUUUUAUAUUGUGCAAAUGUGGGAGAUUCCAGAGCGCUAAUAGCAAGGCAAGUUAAUGACACAGGAAAUACGACGACGAGUGGAAGGCAUUGGAUGUCUAUUGUAUACUGCUUUUUGUAUAUAUUUAAUAUUUUUUAUAUGAAAUAAAAGGGGGCUAUUCAUUAGGAAAAGGGUAUUAUCAAGAGACCAUAAGCCGGACGAAAAAGAUGAAUCAGCCAGAAUUUUCCAAUGGGGUGGAAGAGUAGAAAGCUACCAAGACGAAAAUGGGAACCCAUUAGGCCCAGCAAGAGUUUGACUGAGAAAUCAGGAUUUGCCAGGUCUUGCAAUGUCAAGAUCACUAGGAGACGCAGUAGCAGCGUCUGUAGGAGUUAUAUGUGAACCGGAAAUUUUAGAAUUUCAAAUGACUCCUGAAGACAAAUUCAUAGUUUUAGGAAGUGAUGGAGUUUUUGAAUUUAUUUCAAAUGAAGAUAUAGUAUACUAUUUGUGAGGAGGCUGGCCUUUUUUUUUAUAUAAUAAUGAUAAUAUUUUUGAAUUAAAAUUAAUAUAAAGUAGUAUAAAAACUGCUGUCCCUUAUUGGAGAAUUAAUGACAGCAAAGGUGUAUGUGAAGCCUUAGCGCUAAAUUUGAACAAAAUAUAGGUUAAAAUUCCUUUUUUUGGGUAAGUUUAAUCCCCCUUUAAAUUGGAACAUUGAAAAAAUUUUAUAGGUAAAAAUAAUAAUUUUUAUAUAAAUAGUAUUAAAUUAAUUAAUAGAGGAUUACAAGUAGAAUACCAUUUUAAAUAGUUGGCAUGCUGAAUCGAUUAAUAUUUUUAAAUUAAUUCUCUAUAAAAUAAAUUAAAAAAUAUUGCAUUAAAUUUAUAUUUUUUUAAAAAUUUAUAAAAACAAAUUAACCCCAAAUUAUAUUAGAAUAGGAUUUUUAUAAUUUACAAGAAGAGCUAGCGAAAAUUUGCCCAUGAUAGAUGGGUGACUGAAGAAGAAGUAAUUGAUGAUAUCACAGCAGUUUGUGUGUUUUUAAACAUUCCUAAUAAAAAUUAA